AUGGACCAACGUGGUGCGCCCCGUACCACAGGCCUCCACCGGUCGCGCAGAGGCCUCAAGGUCCGGACCAUCGACCCUGCACUCCUGACCUCGCGCCUCUAUGCCCUCGCUCCUCGCCCGCCGGCUUACGAAACACGGAAGCUCUCCCGUCGCGAGGGCGCCACUGCCACCGCCACCGCCACCGCCAACGCCAACGCUGCCGUCAACACUGCGGUCAAGACUGCAACCGAUGCUGCCGCCAACAAUGUUGCCGUCAAGCCGCCGGCCUCCACACUGCCUAUUCUCCGCGCAGAGCGGGUCGAGGCGUAUCGCUCCGGUCAGCGGACUUCGUCGUUGGCGGGUGGCUCGGUCGGGCUCAUCCCCUCGCGGCGGUCAAAGGUCUCAUUUGCACCCGAUCCCACAAAGGCUACGGCGCUCUCGUCAUCGCCGCCGCAGCAGCGCUCUCUUGUAACUGCUGCUGGUGGUACGGGUGUUGGAGAGAGUGCCGCAGGCGAUGAGGGUGGCGCCAAGUCGCUCGCGGACGUUGUGCUGGAGCAAACCGAGACCGGGCUCCUCCUCCGCAAGCUCCGUGACGAACUCCCGCACGCGGACAAGUCGGACCCGCUAUGGUUUGUGGAGCACUUGCUCAAGAACCCCGACUCGCUCGAGUUUGUCUACCUCAAGCCGGUCCGCAAGGGCUCGCCCGAGUUCAACCCGUACAAGGUUGCCAUUGUCUCGCACGCAGGCAUCGACUCGAGUGACUACUUUACACUCUCGUCGUCGGGCGUGACCCACUUUGUCGAGGGCGUCGCCGAGUUUGUCCCUCUUGUCCAGUGGCUCCGCGAGUACCUCCUCUACUCGCGCAUCAAGCGCAUCCCCAUCUUUGACAAGUACCGCAUGUGGAAGAGCUACACCAUGUGGCGCGGCAACGUCUGGUCCAAAAAGUCGGCGCUCUGCCGCUCCAUUCUCUCGCAGCACCUCUUUAUCGCCAACGACAUCCUCGGCCACGCGCUCCGCAAGCUCCGCUCGCUCUGCUAUGAGCUCUCCCAGGAGCGCCUCCACCGAAUGGCGCCCGGCACCACCCUCACUCUCGAGAUGUUUGUCGUGCUCCAGGACGAACACCGCGAGUACCUCCUCGAACGCCUGGCCACCUUCAACGCCGCCGUCGAGGCCACCGUCGCCGAGGCCUGCGAGUAUGCGCUCUCGCGUGCCGGAUUUGACGAGGAACAGUCGCGCCGCUCCGGUGGCCGUGCCCAGCAUGCCUCUGCUGGCCAGGCCUCCUCGCUCGACGCCCGCCUCGGAGCUUCGUCGACGUCGGACGGGCCGGCGCCCGGCGACUCGCUCGGCCGCGCAUCGCUCUCUGACUCGGUCGCCCCGCUGUCUUACACGUUCCUUGCUGCCAAGCGCACCGAAUGCCGUCGUCUGGCCAACUUUAUCAAGCUCGCCGACUACCUCAUCAUCGACACCCUCCACCAGCUCGCGGUCAACACCGUGUGGGACCUGCUGCAGGCCGUCAUGCCCGACGACGGUGCUCAGGCUGCCGUCCGUGCUCGCAUCGCCUCUAUGGCCAAGCUUGUCUCGUCUGUCGCCGGUGGUACCGGUGUCGAGCCUGGCUCGUCGCUCGAUCCGCAGGAGAUCAACGGUGCCUUUGACGAGCGCUCGUCGCUCCUCGACGCUGCCGCCGCCACCGCCGCUGCCAGUGACCUCACGGCUGCUGCCUCGUCCAUGGUGACCCAGGCCACCGCCGCUCCGCGUCCGCCGCUCUUCCGCAUCGCCCUCGAGCUCAAGUACUCGGAGCUGGCCUUUGCCCCUGAUCGCGGUACCUUCCACGACGCCAUCGACUCUAUCAUCCGCAACUUCCAGCUCGUCAUUCUUUCCAACAUGGAAAAGCACAAGCUGAUCAAGAACAAGGAGUUCCUUGCCCGCUACGUCACGCCCACCCUCUCGGAGCAGUUUGACGUCUCUGAAGUUGGUGACGGGCCCGUCCUCCUUGAAGUCCUUGAGGGCGACUCCAAGUACCAGCGCCUGCUCGCACACGUCAAGGACUCGCUCGCAAAGUCGUUCAUCGCCGCCUCGGACUACCUCGCCGUCUUUGAGCCGUUCUGGACCAUCCACCGCUCGGCAGAGCUCAUGGACAUUUCGCUCGUCGAGGCCCGUGGCCCGCCGCUCCAGUGGUUCGCUGCCUCCAUGACCCGCUACCGCGCCCAGAUGUCGCUCAUGGGUCUCAUGCCGGUCUCCUCCUCCGUCGGCAUCAUCCAGAUCGACUCGUCCGCGCUCAAGGCUUCGUUUGCGCCCUCGCCGGCCAAGUGCCUCGCUGUGCUGGAGGAUCUUCUCCCGCGCCUCGCCUCGGACCGCAACUCGGCUCUCCUCACCCGCCUCAACGCCGCGCACGCCCGCCUCGACGCCGUCCCCACCAAGGUCGAGCACUUUGUCGAGAAGCUUGCCUACCUCGAGACCCUCACCGUCGAGCAGGACGAGCUCGAGGACGAGGAGGACCUCGUCAAGGCCAUGUAUGGUGUCAUUGUCGGCUACCGCCCAGAGAUCCACAACCUCGAAGAGUAUGCCUCUUUCCGCACCCUUGCCCCGCUCGUCCAGUCCCUCAAGGCCAAAAUCGCCUUUGCCGAGGAGGAGCGCGAGAAGAACAUCCAGGUCUUUGCCACCCAGCUCGAGAAGAAGAUCGCCGAGCUGCGCAACCUCAUCCUCGACGUCAAGCACCUCGCCCAGCACGAGCGCGUCCUCUCAGACGCCUCGGGCGUCGCCGAAAUGAUCGACUACGUCUCCACUCUCACUGCACGCAUCAAGGCCCUCAAGGAGCAGGCAUCCAAGUACAUUCGCUUCCAGAAGACUUUCAAGGUCCCGGUCUCCAAGUUUGAGGAGCUCGAAGAGACCAUGUCUGACCUGGCUCUCAAGGAGAUGCUCUGGUCCUCGUUUGCAGAGUGGGAGGGGCUGCAAGAGACAUGGCGCUCGACCCCGUUCGACUCGAUCGACGCCGCCGCCCUCGCGUCAAAGGUGCAACACUUUGUCAAGGUCUGCAUGAAACUCGAGCGCGGCCUCCCACCGAACCCGGUGGUGCCCAAGCUCCGCGACCUCGUCGACGACUUCCAGAUCUUUGUCCCCAUCAUCGUCAACCUCCGCAACUCGGCGCUCCAGCUCCGCCACUGGGAGGACAUCCAGGAGAAGCUCGGCUCGGCCCGCAUCAUUGCCCGCGGCGACGACUUUACUCUCGGCUCGCUCCUCAUGCUUGACGUCCUCGAGGCUGCCGACCGUAUCCAGCAAGUCUCACUCGAGGCCACAAACGAGGCCAACCUCACCGAGAUGCUCGAGAAGGUCCAGUCCACAUGGGCCAACGAAGAGUUCAUCGUUCUCCGCUACCGCGACUCGCGCGACAUGUACAUCCUCGGCUCCACAGAGGAAAUUGCUCAGGCCCUCGAGGACUCGCUCAUCCUUGUCUCUACCGUCCUCGGCUCGCGCUACGUCGGGCCCAUCAAGCCCGAGGCCGAGGCCUGGGACCGCAACCUCCGCCUGUUCAAGGAGACGCUCGAAGCCUGGCUCGUCUGCCAGGCCCAGUGGAUGUACUUUGAGACCAUUUUCUCCAACUCGGAAAUCGUCAAGCAGCUGUACGAAGAGGAGAAGAUGUUUCGCGAAGUCCACCGCUCGUGGAACGCCAUCAUGCGCCGCGUCCAGGACGGCCCGCGAUGCCUCGACGCCGUCCUCGAGCCUGGCAUGCUCGAGCAGCUCCGCGCAAACAAUCGCAUUCUCGAGCAGGUCCAAGCCUCGCUCGAGUCCAAGCUCGAGGGCAAGCGCUCCUUCUUCCCGCGCUUCUAUUUCCUGUCCAACGACGAGCUCCUCGAAAUUCUCGCAGAGUCCAAGAACCCAGCCGCUGUCCAGCCGCACCUCCUUAAGUGCUUCUCCAACGUUGCUGCCCUCGAGUUCUCCGCUCCCGAGCCCUCUGGCCGCUCCUCCAUGGACAUUGUCGCCCUCGUCUCGUCAGAGGGCGAGCGCCUUGUCCUCACCCGCUCCGUCAAGACCCGCUCCGAGGCCGUCGAGUCGUGGCUCUCAAAAGUCGAGGAGGCCAUGCGCUCGUCGCUCAAGAAGCGCGGCCGUGACGCGCUCACCGACUACCUUGCCGCCGCAAAGCCGCGCGAGCAGUGGAUCUUUGACCAUUGUGCACAGCUCGUUCUCGCCAUCUCGCAAGUCCUCUGGGCUCGCGAGGUCGAGGCCUCGCUCCGUGCAGACAACACCCGCAACGCCCUCAACCGGCUCAAGGAAAAGUCGUUCAAGCAGCUCUCCGCGCUCGCCCUCCUCGUCCAGGGCGAGCUGACCAAGCUCCAGCGCAAGGCUCUCGGCUCGCUCCUCACCAUCGAAGUCCACUCGCGCGACAUCGUCUCCUCGCUCUGGGCGGCAAAGGUCGCCGAUGACUCGGCCUUCCUCUGGAAGAAGCAGCUUCGCUACUACUGGGACUCGGAGGCCGAGGAGCUGUUCAUGGAGCAAACCAACGCCCGCUUUGAGUACGGCUACGAGUACCUCGGCUGCUCGCCGCGACUCGUCAUCACACCGCUCACCGACCGCUGCUACCUCACUCUCACCGGCGCCAUGGCGCUCAACAUGGGUGGCUCGCCGGCAGGCCCGGCAGGCACAGGCAAGACCGAGACCGUCAAGGACCUCGCCAAGGCGCUGGCCAUCCAGUGUGUUGUCUUCAACUGCUCAGAGUCGCUCGAGGUCGCCAUGAUGGGCCGCUACUUUGCCGGCCUUGCCCAGUCCGGCGCAUGGUGUUGCUUUGACGAGUUUAACCGCAUUGAGGUCGAGGUCCUCUCCGUCAUCGCCACCCAGAUUCUCACCAUCCAGCGCGCCCGCGUCGCGCCCUCGCCCGACGGCCUCUUUGAAUUUGAGGGCCGCCGUAUCUCGCUCAACGAUCGCUGCGCCUACUUUAUCACCAUGAACCCGUCGUACACCGGCCGGACAGAGCUGCCCGAUAACCUCGCCGCCCUUUUCCGCCCAGUCGCCAUGAUGAUCCCGGACUACGCCAUGAUUGCCGAAAUCGUGCUCUACGCAGAGGGCUUUGAGUCGGCCACCGUCCUCUCCCGCAAGAUGACCCAGCUCUAUCGCCUCUGCUCCGAGCAGCUCUCCCAGCAGGACCACUACGACUUUGGCAUGCGCGCCAUCAAAUCCGUCCUCGUCAUGGCCGGUACCCUCAAGCGGAGCAACCCGCAGCUCGACGAGGACGUUGUCCUCAUCCGCGCCCUCCGCGACUCUAACGUGCCCAAGUUCCUUGCCGAGGACCUUCCGCUCUUCCAGGGCAUCCUCGCAGACCUGUUCCCGGGCCUCGAGCUCCCCGACGAGGACUUUGGUGACCUCGUCUCUGCCGUCGAGUCGGCCGCCCUCGCCCGCGGCCUCGAGAUCGUCGACAAGCAAAUUGUCAAGGUCCGCCAGCUGUGGGAGACCCUCUGCGUCCGUCACGGCGUCAUGGUCGUCGGCAAGUCCGGCGGCGGCAAGUCUGUCGCCGUCAACGUCCUCGCAGACGCGCUUGAUGAUCUCGCCUCCCGUCCCGCCUCGUCAGCCUCGCCGCUCUACACCGGUGUCACCAAGUACGUGCUCAACCCCAAGGCCGUGACCAUGGACGAGCUCUACGGCCAUGUCGACCUGACCUCGCGCGAGUACACCCCGGGCCUCAUCGGCAACAUGGUCUCAGCUGCCGUCAAGGCCUCGGCUCCGGGACCGAGCGACAGCCCGCAGGGCGGCAAGUCGAGUCCUCCCAAGCUGCAAUGGGUCGUCUUCGACGGGCCUGUCGACUCCAAGUGGAUCGAGAACAUGAACACCGUGCUCGACGACAACAAGCUCCUGUGCUUGCCCAACUCGGCUCGCAUCAACCUCACCCCGUCCAUCCGCCUUCUCUUCGAGGUCCUCAACCUUGCCAAGGCCUCGCCCGCCACCGUCUCGCGCUGCGGUAUGGUCUACCUUGAGCCUGUUGACCUCGGCUGGGAGCCGCCGGUCCGCGCCUGGCUCCGCUCGCAGGCCACCUCCCACAUUCCUCUGGAGGUCAAGGACCGCCUUGCCGAGCUCUUUGCUGCCCACGUUCCUCCUGGUCUCGACUACAUCCGUCAAUACUGCACCGAGGAGGUUGUCUCGUGCGACGCCUCGCUCGUAGCUGGCGUCGUUAAGCUCCUCACCGGCCUCCUCACCCCGCACGCCGGCUUUGACCCCGACGCCGACUCUGCCGACGCCGUCUCGCUCGCCGAGGACAUCUUUGUUUUUGCCUUUGUGUGGGGCCUCGGUGGCAACCUCGCCGCUGGCUCGCGUGAGGGCUUUGACGCCUUUGUCCAGGAGGCCUUUGCCGACGUUGCCGCCAUUCCAGGCACCAAGACCGUCUACCACUACUUUGUCGACCCGGAGCGCAAGUCGUUUGCCCCAUGGGACGACCUCGUCCCCGAGUUCUCGUGGACCCCAGGGGUGCCGUUCUGGCAGAUGCUCGUGCCCACCGCCGAGACCGUGUGCAUGCAGUUCCUCCUCAACGCUCUUGUCCCGCAGGGCGGCUCCGGCCCUCUCGCCUCGGGCUCGUCAGUCCUCCGCGGUCACGUCCUCAUCAACGGCGCAACCGGGACCGGAAAGACUGUGGUGGUCCAGAACUGGCUCCGCCAGCUUGCCGGCGGCGCCCAGCAGGGCUCUUUCGCCUCGGGCGGAGGCUCCAUGGUCAACCUCGCGACCGGCCCGUCGUCGGCUGCCCUCGCCUCGGGCGGCAACGGGGGCAUGGGCAGGAUCGGCGCCUCGUGGCAAACAAUCGCCAUCAACUUUUCGGCGCAGACCUCGUCGCAGCGGACCCAGCUGAUGAUCGAGAACAAGCUCGAGAAGCGCCGCGCCAAGGAUGUGCUCCGCGGCAUGAACGGCAAGCGCGUCGUCCUGUUUGUCGACGACAUCAACAUGCCGGCUGUCGACCCGGUCUCCGACUCGCAGCCAGCCAUCGAGCUCCUCCGCCAGUACCUCGACUACGGCGGGUGGUACGACCGCCCGGCGCUGUUCUGGAAGCGUGUCGAGGACGUGACACUUGUCGGCUCGUGCGGACCGCCCGGCGGCGGGCGUAACCCCAUGUCUGAGCGCUUCAAGCGGCACUUUUUCAUGCUCAACGUCCCGCCCACAGACGUCGACUCGCUCUUCCGCAUCUUCCACUCGAUCCUCUCGGGCUUCCUGGGCCAGUUCCCGUCCGAGGUCGCCGCCUCGGCUGCCAAGGUUGUCAAGGCCUCGGUCGAGCUCUACUCGCGGGUCCGCGCAGAAAUGCUGCCGACCCCGAGCAAGUCGCACUACACCUUUAACCUCCGCGACCUGUCCAAGGUUGUCCAGGGUGUGCUCCAGACCAAGCCGGGCUAUCUCGCCGACGCACCCGAGCUCGUCUCACUCUGGGCCCACGAGUCAAUGCGCGUUUUCCACGACCGCCUCACUUGUGUCGAGGACCGCGAUGCUUUCCUUGACCUGGUUGUCGCCCUCAUCCGCCGCCACUUUGGCCUCCGCUGGGAGACAAACGCCGUGGCCUCGCUUAUGUUUGGCGACUUUAUGCGCGUCGGCGCCACGCCCGAAGAGCGCGUGUAUGAGGGCGUCGCCGGCGGCGCCGGCUCGGCCAAGGUUGUCCGCACGCUUGAAGAGUACCUCGACCGCGCCAACAUGGACUCGGGCGAGGCCUCGGUCGAGCUCGUCUUUUUCAAGGACGCCAUCGACCACGUCUCGCGCAUUGCGCGCAUCCUCCGCCAGCCGCGUGGGAACGCUCUACUUGUCGGCGUCUCUGGUACCGGCAAGCGGACGCUCACUCGCCUCGCAGCUGCCAUGGCCGAGUACCAGGUCUUUGAGAUCAAGCUCACUCGCUCGUAUGCACGCUCCGACUUUCGCGAGGAUCUCCGCCAGCUGUACACCCUCGCCGGCGUUGCCCGCGAAAACGUGGUCUUCCUCCUCAACGACACCCAGAUUGUGGACGAGGCCUUCCUCGAGGACAUUAACGGUGUGCUCAACACCGGUGAAGUCCCGUCACUCUUUGUUGGCGAGGAAUAUGAGACGGUCAUCAACAAGGUCCGGCCCUUUGCCGUCUCCGAGGGUCGCAUUGCCGAGAAGGACCGCGCAGGCAUUUUCGAGUACUUCAUCAAGCAAGUCCGCGAGAAGCUUCACGUCGUCCUCUGCAUGUCGCCGAUCGGCAAGCAGUUCCGCCGCCGCCUCCUCAUGUUCCCCUCGCUUGUCUCGUGCUGCACCAUUGACUGGGUCGACGUCUGGUCCGGCUUUGCUCUCGAGCGGGUCGGCCAGCACCGCCUCACGCCGGCGGCCGCCUCAGUUGUCGGUGCCGCACCGGGCCUUGCUGCCACCCUUGCCAAGCUCUGCGUCUCGGUCCACGCCUCGGUCGAGGCCGCCGCAGACGCCUUUUAUGCCCAGAUGGGUCGCCGCUUCUACGUCACACCGGCAUCGUACCUCGCCUUCCUCGACACGUACGGCGCCAUGCUCGCGCGCCAGCAGGCUGAGCUCGGUGCGGCCAUGGCCAAGUUUGCCGGCGGAACGGCCAAGCUCCGCGAGACCAACGAGCUGGUGGCUGAAAUGCAGAUCACUCUUCAGCAGAUGCAGCCCGAGCUCGAAGAGAAGGCUGCCGCCACGCAGGCACUCAUGGAAAAGGUGGCGCAGGAGUCCGAGGUGGCCGAUGGCAUCCGCCGCCGCGUCGCCGCCGAAGAGGUCGAGGUCAACGAGCAGACGCUGCUGACCAAGAUGGCCUUUGAGGAUGCCGAGCGCGACCUCUCCAAGGUCCAGCCCAUGAUGGAUGCCGCCGAGGAUGCGCUCGAGGUGCUCAACCCGGCCGACAUUUCCGAGGUCAAGUCGUACGCCAACCCGUCGCCGGCGGUCAUCAAGGUCAUGAACGCCGUCCUCAUUACUCUCGGCUCGACCAACCCGACGUGGCCCGACGCCAAGCGGCUGCUCGGCGAGCCGCACUUUCUGCGCUCGCUCCGCGAACUCGACAAGACCACCCUCCCGCCGGCUGUUCUUGGUCGCCUCAAAAAGUAUCUCAAUGACCCCGAGUUUGACGAAGAGUACAUCAAGUCCAAGGGCUCCAUGGCUUGCUCCACCCUUGUCCUCUGGGUCAAGGCCGUCUCCGAGUACGUCAAGGUCUACGCCGAGGUCGAGCCGAAGCGCGUCCUCCGUGACGCCGCCCAGGAGAAGCUUGCCGAGAUGAUGGCCAAGCUGCAGGAGAAGCAGGCCAAGCUGGCCCAGGUGGAGGACGAGCUUGCCACUCUGCGCGACCAGUACCAAGCCACGCUCAACGAGCUGGAGGAGGUCGAGCGCGUCAUGGGCGAGACCCGUGUCAAGCUCGAGCGCGCCGGCAAGCUGGUCAACGAGCUCGCCGGUGAGGCCGUCCGUUGGGAGGAGUCGCUUGAGCGUGUUCGUGAGGAAGCCUCGUCGCUCGUCGGUGACGUCUUUCUCGCAUCAGCCGGCCUCGCCUACUUUGGCCCGUUCACCCAAGAGUGGCGCGCCAAGCUGUGGGACCAGUGGCUCGGCUUUGUCCGGGCGUCGGGACUCAAGCUCCGCGCGCCGCCUCGGCUCGCGGUCGAGGCUGGUGUCGAGCCCGAGGCUCAGGAUGCUGAGGCCGAAGGCGAGGGUGCCAAGACUGGGAGUGGAAGCGAAGGCGGAGACGACGCUGACGCUGACGCUGACGCUGACGCCGGCGUUGACGCUGACGCUGACGUCGAGGCGACUUCCGAGGUUGAGGCGACUGUCGAGGAGCCUGCGUCAUACGCGCACCUCACGCUAACGUCAAUUCUCGCCAAGCCGGUUACGAUCCGGAACUGGAACCUCCAGGGUCUGCCGACCGACGAGUUCUCGGCGCAGAAUGCCGUGCUGGCGACACUGAGCGGGGCCUUCCCGCUCAUGAUUGAUCCGCAGGGCCAGGCGAACAAGUGGGUGCGGUCAAUGGAGGAAGAGUCGGGACUGGUGGUGGUCAAGCUCGGCGAGCCGGACCUGCUACGGUCUCUGGAGACUGCGGUCCGACAAGGGCUACCAGUCCUCAUUGAGGAUGUUGGCGAGGAACUGGAUCCUGCGCUCGACUCGUUGCUCCUCAAGCAGUUUACCCACCAGGGCCCGCGGGUGCUUGUCAAGGUCGGCGAUGCCGAGGUUGACUACGAUCCUGGCUUCCGUCUGUACAUGACGACCAAGCUGUCUAACCCGCACUACCUGCCCGAAGUGUGCAUCAAGGUUGCGCUCAUCAACUUUACGGUCACCCUCUCGGGUCUUGAGGAUCAGCUGCUCGGCGAUGUCGUCUCGCUCGAGGCGCCGGAGCUGGAGGCGAAGCGAGUCGACCUUAUUGUCUCGCUCGCUGCCGACAAGGCGGAGCUGGAAGAUAUCGAGAACAACAUCCUGCGGCUGCUGGCCAACGCCGAGGGCGUGCUGGAGGACGAGGUCCUUGUCAACACGCUGCAAGCGGCCAAGGCGUCGGCAACCUCGAUCGCCGCGCGAGUCAUCGAGUCGGAGCGGGUCGAGAAGGAGGUCGAGCUUGCCCGCGACCAGUACCGCUCGGUCGCCGUCCGUGGCGCCGUCCUCUUCUUUGUCCUCGUCGACCUGAGCAAGGUCGAGUCGAUGUACGACUAUGCGCUCUCGCUGUUCAAGGAGCGCAUGUUCUUGGCUGCCAUUCGGGCAACGGUGACGCCUGCAGAUGGCGAGGGCGCCGAGGGUGGCGAGGGCGAGACCCAGGCGCUGGAGACUCGCCUCACUGCGCUGCUGGGUGCGAUCACGUCAUCGGUCUUUGUCAACGUCUCGCGUGGCCUGUUUGUUGAGCACAAGCUCCUGUUCUCGUCGCUGAUUGCGGUCAAGGUGCUUGUGCACGCGGGCGCAAUCCGGGGCGACGAGCUCAACUUUCUGCUCCGGGCCGGAGCACGCGAGAUGGACAAGUUGCCUGCCAUGCCGCGCGCGCCCAAUGGGCUGGUCCCGGCGUGGCUGACGGCCAAAAUGUGGGCGCUUGUGUCUGAGCUCGAGCAGUCUGUGGCGAACUUUGCCGGCUUUUCGGAGCAAGUGGCCGGCGAGCUUGCGGCGUGGGAGUCGUUUGUGCAUUCUCCGGAUCCCAUGCGUGCGCCGGUGCCUGUCAGUAUGCCGCUCAACGCAUUCCAGAAGCUGCUUGUACUCCGCGUGUUCCGGCCGGACGCGCUCGCGCGCGGCAUGGCAAGCUUUGUCUCGUCGACGCUCGGCGCCGAGUUUGCUGGCGCGCCUGCGUUUGCGCUGUCGGAAGUCGCGGACGAGUCGUCCCGAGCGCGGGAUGAGGACGAGCUGUACGACCUGUCGCUAGGCAAGGGUCAGGGCCCGAUUGCCGAGGAUCUCAUUGCGCGCGCGGCCGAGAGCGGCGGGUGGGUGUUCCUGCAGAACUGCCAUCUGGCAAGCUCGUGGAUGCCCGAGCUGGAGCGGCUUGUCAACGAACUUGCCAGCGGGGUGGUGGGUGAGAUCGAGGUCCACCCGCGGUUUCGGCUGUGGCUCUCGUCGCUGCCGUCGGGCGCGUUUCCUGUGCCUGUCCUCCAAUCGUCGCUCAAGAUCACGUUUGACCCGCCGCGCGGGAUCAAGGCGAACCUGCUCGCGGCGCUGGGUGAGCUUGACGAGGAAGAGUUUGACAGCGGCUCGCCGACUUGGCGCAACCUGUCGUACGCCGUCUCGUCUGUCUACGCCAUCCUGCUGGAGCGGAAGGAGUACGGCCCGCUUGGGUUCAACAUCUCGUACGGCUGGUCAUCGCCUGAUCUACGGACGGCGUUCAAGGUGGUUCGGUCGUUCCUCGACGAGGAGGCGGGCGUUGUCCCGCGCGACGCACUCACCUACCUCCUCGGCGACAUUGUGCUUGGCGGGCGGGUGACCGACGAUCUCGACCGGCGGCUGGUGCAGACCCUCAUCGAGUCGGUGGUCUUCUCCACCAAGUCGCCUGCGCCGCGGCUGGCGGCGGUCAAGGCCCACGUGGAGAGUCACUGGGACUCGGCCAAGGACGCCGAGACCGUCGGCUUGCACGAGAACUCGGUGCUCACCCGCGCCCGCGCCGAGUCGUUGCGGCUGCUGGCAGACAUUGCUGCUGUCCAGCCGCGACAAGUGGCCGGCGACGACGACCCUUCGCCCAAGCCGCCGGCCGAGGGCGGUGCGGGUGCCGAGGCACCAAACGCCGACGCCGAUGACGCCGAAGAUCUAGCCGACCCUUCGCCCAAGCCGCCGUCGGACCAGGACGUGGUCAAGGAGAUCGCGGCCGAGCUCGAGGGUGGGCUUCCGAGCGAGCUUGUCAUCGACCGCGACUCGCCGCUGUUUUCGGUGCCCGGACAGAACCGGGUGCCGGCGCUCUCGGUGGUCCUCGCGCAGGAAGCUGCACGACUGUCGCGGUUUGUGGGCGAUGUGCGGGCCAAGCUGGUGCGUGUCCAGGAUGCGGUCUCGGGCCGGGUCGUGUUUGACGACGAGCUGGAGGACAUCUUCAUCGCGCUCCGCGACGGCCGGGUCCCGCAGGCCUGGCUCGAGUCGUGCCCGUACUCGUCGACGCUGCCGCUCUUCGGCUUCUUUGCCGACCUUUCGGCGCGGGUCGCGUUCUUCCGCGACUGGCUCGAGUCGGGCAAGACGCCGAGCUCGUUCUGGCUCCCAGCGUUCACCUUUCCGCAGGGCUUCCUCUCGGGCGUUCUUCAGCACCACGUGCGGGUCUCUGGGCACGCCAUCGACGAGCUCGAGUUUGACGUCCGCGUCGUCGACGGCUCGAUGGGCACGCCCGACGAGGGCGUUGUUGUCCACGGCCUCUGGCUCGAGGGCGCGCGCUGGGACGACGUCGGCAACGUGCUCACCGAGUCGCAGUCGGGCAAGGCCGCCUCACGCAUGCCGUCGCUCUGGCUCCGGCCGGUUGUCAAGCCUGCGGUGGCCAAGGCCCACACUAACCGCUACGACUGCCCGGUCUACUGCACCUCGCUCCGCAAGGGCCGGCUCUCCACCACCGGUCUCUCUUCAAACUACGUCAUGUCGGUCAGCCUACCUGUUCGCGAUGGCUCGGCCCGGCACUGGAUCCUUCGCGGCGUCGCUCUGGUUCUCACCGUCAACGAGACGUAG